AUGGGUCACAGAUUACAUGGUGUAUCAACUCUGCAAGAUAGCAUGGAAUUUACGGAUGAAACCACGAUCCUCAAUUAUAACGAUGAUUUCAUCUUUCAUCCAGUAUAUUCACCAAAAACCCACGCUUUAGUUUCCAUAGAAUCCGUUGAAAAACGAGAAAAUACACCAAUAUUUUCAAACCGCGGAAUUAAAGUUUCAGUGAAUGUUAAAGAAACCGUUAAUGAUCUUUUGACAAAAUCCGGUUUCAUCAAAAAAAAUUUUGAUACCAUCUUAGCUUUCCGAGAAAUGACAUGGAGUGGUAUUCAAGGAAUAGAAAAAAUAUCAUCAUCAUGCUUUAAAGGUGUAUUUACGGCCGAAUACGUAAAUUCAUCCAGGAAUAAUCAAAGUGAUGAAACCAUUUUUAUAAAGAGAAAUUUAUUCCAAGUUCCUGGACCGCCAUUUACUCACAUCCAACAACCUUAUAGAUCUUAUUAUAUUGGUAGCAAUACUCCUCUCGACGAUCCCGAUUAUUAUUUGGAUUGUUUACGUGAAUUGGUAAUUGUUUAUCGUCGAGAUAUCGCUUGUGGUCCAGACUUUGGCAUGCAUGCGGGCGAAGAGUUACAACAUCCACCUAAAAUUGCUUUGGUUGAAGCAAUUGAUCCUUCUAAAGUUUUAACUAAAUAUACAGCUGCAGAUCACCGUACGUUAGCUUUGCUUUCUUAUUUUUAUUCUACACCUGCUAUGCUAUCAAAACAAGAAAAUACCAAAUGGUGGCAAUUUGAUAAGCCAUUGAUUCAUCAUUCUCCAUGGUGUUUGGACUGGACUAAAGGACUGACAAAGGGUGUUUUCGUUUUUUCUGGUGAUGUUCCUUGGAGUCAACUUUUGUAUGCUUUAAAUGGUUCAAUUGUUGGUUUAGUUGGAAAUAUUCUAGAUGUAGAUGUAGACGAAAGUUGUGAAAUGGUUGAUAAAAUGGUUGAUGAAAUUGCUGAUAAAAUGGUUGAUGAAAUUGCUGAUAAAAUAGUUGAUGAAAUGGUUGAUGAAGUUGCUGAUAAAAUGGUUGAUGAAAUUGUUGAUGAAAUUGCUGAUAAAUCAGAAACAUCACAAGAAAAAGGAAGAAAUAUUGUAUGUAUUCCUUAA